CAUUAUUUACGCCAUAUUUGUCAUGAAAACUUACGGAAUGAGUGUACGAUAGUGGUUUUGGGUGGGAAUACGAUGUCCCGUAAUGAUGCUUCUGGCUUUAGCCAGAGCUACAAACUGGUUGUAGUUGGUGGUGGAGGUGUUGGCAAAAGUGCCUUAACGAUACAAUUUAUUCAGUCGUAUUUUGUCACAGAUUAUGACCCCACUAUUGAGGAUUCCUAUACCAAACAAUGUGUUAUUGAUGAAGUUGUUGCUCGACUAGAUAUAUUAGAUACAGCUGGUCAGGAAGAGUUUAGUGCUAUGAGAGAACAGUAUAUGAGAUCAGGAGAAGGCUUUUUAUUGGUGUAUUCUGUAACAGAUAGAAGCAGCUUUGAUGAAGUAUAUAAAUUUCACAAACAGAUAUUAAGGGUAAAAGAUAGAGAUGAAUUUCCUAUGAUUUUAGUCGCAAAUAAAUCAGAUUUAGAAAAUGCCAGUGUGGUGUCACAUGAUGAGGGAGCAGAGGUUGCCAGAAGUUUAAAAAUUAGCUAUAUAGAAGCCAGUGCUAAAAAUAGGUCAAAUGUAGAUCAGUCAUUUUAUGAACUAGUGCGAAUUAUCAGAAAAUUUCAAGCUGAAGAGCGACCACUGGUUAAAACUCCCAAGAAGAAGCCAAAGAAGUGUUCAAUUCUGUGACAGCCCUUCAUUAAUUGCAGCUUUAUUGACCUUCUUUGGUGUCAAUAUAUCUGAUGUUGAAUCAACAAUCAUAAUAAUAAUAUACACAGCAUAUGGUGGAAUAUGUGACAUAAGUAUUAAACAAGUUGACAAUAACUUACAUAACAUGUAUUUAUAUACCUAUUUAAGGCCUAUAUAUUAUAAUGAUUUAAGAUCUGAUGAUCUGUUAUUUUGUUAUUAUCUCUUGUUUUAAGAGUCAGUUAAAGUAGCUCUGCAGAACUUACAACAUGCAUUUUUCUUCUUUUUUUUUUAAAAAAGACAUAUUUCUUUGGUUUAAUUACCGCUGUUACACAGUUUAAAAAUCUAAUUCUCUUAUAUUUAAGAGUAGAAAUAAGGCAUUACCUUUGUAAAUAUUCUUAUGUUUUUAGAGUCUAGAAUCUAGAUGUUUACUUCAAUUAAAAUAACUGUAAAAUUAAAGGUUUAUGAUUUUUUCAAUAAAAUAUUAAUUUGAAUAAUCAAUAUUAUAGGAAACUUAAAUGAAUUGUAUUUACCUAAGUACUUCCUUUAAUUCACCAUUGAAUGGUUGAUAUACAAGGAAGUCAUUACAUGUUUGAUAAAAUCUACAUGUAUCAAAAUGUUAAAUAAUAGUUUGUUAGUCUUUAUGUAGAAACUAUUUAUACCUGUAAUCUUACACCAUUAGACCUCAUAAAUCUUUUAUUAAAUCAAAUACUGUUCAUAUGUAAAUAAAGCUUCAAAUUUUAUGACAUAUGUACUUAAUCUUAUUCAAGCUUAUCAACACUAAUUUAGAUUUUCAGAAAAUCAUACAUAUAAAAUGCCUUUACGAAAUAAGUCUUACUUAAAUUGGUUAUUAAUCAGUCACUGAAUGUUGUGGAUCAGUCUACCCAUUUAGAAUAUUUUAGUUCAUUUAGUUUUGCAGGAUACUCCUCCUGUCAUGACAAUUGAUCUUCUGCCGAUAAUCUGGUGAACAAGGUUUAAAUGUUCAAAUUGUUGCUGCUACAGCUGCGGAGGCAAACUUAUAUCUGUAAUACAGGGAGAGGACAACAGUGUUAGAAAAUCCUUUUUAUACAUGUUCAUUUUCAAGGCAAAUGACAAAAGUGUUAGAAAUUCUUUUAAUGCAUGUUCCUUUUUCAAGGCAAAUGAUUAGAAAUGUAGAUACAAAAUCCCUCACUUACAUCACAGGAAUCUGACCUUCUAUCCGUAUAUAUGCAUACACCAUACCGAACUAGACAAUAUAUAAUAAAAGAAAAAAGAACAGGAAUGCAAUGUCUGUCAUUGAAUCCAUGCGCUGACGUCACACAAAAUCAAUCCGCAGUGACUAGACCAUUGAAACAAGGGCAAAGAUAUUUUUUAGUUUUUCUCUCCCUUUCCAUUUUCCCCCUUUUGCAUGGCGAUUUUUGUUGACUUUUGGGUGUAGAAUGGAAGAAGAGGGUUUAAAUAUACAUUUUCUGCCAGGUUUUGUUGAAUAUUCAUGAUCUUGAGGUGGAAGUAUACGGGACUUCAGAGUUUGGUUAGGUUUUUGUGUGACGUCAGCACAUGGAUUCAAUGACAACGUCAACGAACGAAAAUAUUGGAAACAAGUGGCUAUUUAUGCAAAUAAAACGGCCAGAUUGAAGAAAAAAAAUAUCUGAGUGAAUCGACAGAGGUUUGAUUGCCUGAUAUUACGAAUUGUUGAAAAAAAAGGAGCCGAAGUGAGAGCAGGUAAAAUCGAGGCUUUAACAGGCAUUGCAUUCCUGUUCUUUUUUUAUUAUAUAUUGUUCGGUAUGGUGUAUGCAUAUAUAUACGAUUAGAAGGUCAGAUUCCAGUGCUUACAUAUACCUUACAUUAUAAUACUUUUUUUGGUUUUAAGUUGUUUUUUUUUAUUUUGACAGGAUUUUGCUAUGUUCAAUGUAUUCUAGUCAUCAAUUUCUCAUCAUCAACAAGCGUGUUCAUGAAUAUUUGUCCCCCGCCUUUCGAAGAAAGCAGGGGACUAUUAAAAUGGGUUCGUCCGUCUGUCUGUCUGUCUGUCCGUCUGUCCGUCUGUCUGUCCGUCACACUUUUUGGGACACAAUAACUCUCUUCCUAAUUGAGCUAGAAUGUUCAAACUUGGUGUAUGUGUUUAUUAGGUCAAUGCCUUGAUGGAGUUAGAAGAUGAGCAUUUUCCGCUUAGGGUAAGCAGAGAUAAGCAAUUUGAUUGGUUGAUGCUUUGGGACACGAUAACUCUCUUCCUAAUUGGGCUAGAAUGUUCAAACUUGGUGUAUGUGUUGAUUAGGUCAAUGCCUUGAUGGAGUUCGAAGAUGAGCAUUUUCCGCUUAGGGUAAGCAGAGAUAAGCAAUUUGAUUGGUUGAUGCUUUGGGACACGAUAACUUUUAAUUGAGCUAGAAUGUUCAAACUUGGUGUAUGUGUUUAUUAGGUCAAUGCCUUGUCAAACUUGGUGUAGGUUUUUAUUAUGUCGAUGCCUUGAUGGAAUUCGAAGAUGAGCAUUUUCUGCUUAGGGUAAGCAGAGAUAAGCAAGUUGAUUGGUUGAUGCUUUGGGACACGAUAACUUUAGUUCUAAUUAAGUGAGAGUGAUGAAACUUGGUGUAUAGUUUCAUCACAGCAAUACAACGACUAAUUUCAAUAAUGAACAUUUUCUCCUGAGGGUAAGCAGAGCAAUAACCAAUUGAUUGGUCAAGACUUUGGAACAUAAUAACUCUGCUUUUAAUUGUGGUAGAAUGUUUAAACUUGAUGUUGAUGUUCGUUAGGUUGAUUCUAUCUGAUAAAGAGUGAUGAAACUUAGUGUAUAGUUGAUAAUCAGUUUGAUUGCUCGAUACUUUUGAAAAAGAUAAACGUGCAAUUAAUUGAUAUGUGUCAUCUAUCUAUUUCGGGAUUUCGGCGGGGGACAUCAGCCUCGAUGUUGGCUUGUUGGUGUUAAUUUGUUAAAUCAGUGUUAACAUGAAUUUAUUUGAUCUUGUAUUUUAGACAUCAACAGCUUCAUUGUUAUAUUGAAAUAAGAUGUUAUCUUUAUAGAUUAUUUACUGCUGGUCUAUAAACUUAGUAAUAAGCUUAAUAAAUAAUUGCAUUAAAUUGUUUAUCAAAUAUCAGGGGCAUUUCUUCUUAUAGUACAGGCCCCCCGAGUUCACAAAGCAUUUUCAGACUUAAGUUAAGAAUUUACUGAGCUUUCAACCACUGUUUAUGAGAAAUAUAUCUGAUCCAGAAACACAAAAUUUGCACAUAGUUUCUUAUUGAUGUAUUUGAUACAUUAAAACAACAGGAGGUUUUAUAAAGGGCUUUAUUUUAUGAUCAGUAGUGGAAUACCGCGUUUUAUCAGUGAAAUAAAAGUGUUAUUCCACUGGCUAGAAGCGGACAAAGUAGUCCAUGUUGUUUUUACCUAAAAUGAUUGUAAAAUCAUAAAAUAAAUAGAACAUUUGUCGUUUUGUCGUGAAUAACAUAUUUUAUUUCAUCUCUAAGCAAGAAAACGUUUAUAUUUUCACGAAUGCGUAGCAUUAUAUAUUUUAGUUAAAAUAAGGUGAACAAUUUUGAGUAAAUUCUUAAGUCUGAGAAUGCUUUGUGAACUACAUGCAGUAGGCUUAAAAGCCCUAUAUUCAAAAAUAAAUGGCAAAUAUAGACUGACAUAAUAUUAAAAUCAAAUCAAUCCUAACAUAAAUUAUAGUCAUUUAAGGUUCACAUUAUUACUUUUCGUUGAUUUCUUGGCUCCAUCUUUAUUUUUUUGCAAAUUUUUGUUGACCUCUUAGUGGUAACUCAUUUCUAUCCACAAACAUCAAGACAGGUUGUAUCUAACCUAUGGUUUUUUAUUUGAAUCCUGUAAAUUAUUAUCUGAAGAGUCCAAGUUUUUGUUCAAUCUAAAUAAGAAAAAUGUUUAUUGGCCUUCUGCUGCAGUACUUCGUUAGCUUUGCCAACCCUAAGAAAUGUCAAAAUCAGUAUGUGUCUUAUUUUUAUGGUCAUUAGAUAUAACUCUGAUUACUUUAUGUUUUUGUUCAUUAAUCAAGAUAAUCUAUGAAAAUCUGAAAUAUAAAGUUUGGUGCAGUGUGAAUGUUUGUUCUGUUAUUGAAUUUUAUAAACCAUGAGCCCUAAUAAUGAAAACUUAAACAAAAAUAUUUUAAGAAUAUUGAUUGUUGAUUGGUUUGGUUGAGCAUUAAAAUCAUUGCACAAAUUUUAGUUUUCUCUAAUGUCAAGGCUGAUGUCUUCAAUGUAGUUUUCUUGAAGAAGGUGCCAGGUAAUCAUUUGAUAAAUAUUAUUAUAUAACUCCAAAUCAAGAGAUUAUGUGUUUUCAGAAUCAGAUUGUCAACACCUCUUUUAUAACUUAUUAAAUAUGCCAUUUGUUAUGUAAAUAUGUAAAAUUACUUACAUAUCACAGCCAUAGUAUUAGAAAUUUUAAAACCUUUAUGAAUAUCAUAAUAAAAUAAACGUAUAAUAAUAUAGCAUUGUUUUAGUCAUUAUCUUGAUUUGUUUUGUUUUGUUUUUUUACAGUAUUUUUCACUUCACAUUGCAUUGUAUCUACAAUUUGUAUAAUCUAUUAUUAUGACUUAUUUGCAUGGGUUUUAUUUUAUUAUUAUAAAUAAUAUGUAAUCAUGGUCACACAAUAUAUACAUGUAUAUAUGCUAUUUAUUUGUAUUGUAUUUACUGUUCAAUGUAAUCUUUAAUAUUUUCAUCAGAGUUUACUGCCUGUUGAUAUAUACUAUUUAUUGUACACAAACUUAUCAUUCCUAUUAUAUACACUUUAUUCAUUGUACACUUGCUGUGAUUCAAACACAAGCUAUGAGAACUUUGGCACUAACUCAUAGAUAAUUUAUAUAAUGUGAUGAAGGUUAAUCUUGGUUAGAAUAUAGAUUUGGUAAUUGCUUUGUUUAUACAGGAGAUAAUGGUCUUGAAGUAAGUCAAAACUAUUGAUUUACCACCCCUUGGAUUCACAUCAGAAUGUUCAAUUUGCCAAAAUAAGCGAAAGUUGGUCUGUUGACUUACCAGGUGUUUUAAUUUCCAUUUUUUUGUUCUUUUUGGGAGCAGUGCUCUUCAAAAGAAGCCUAAGAUUCUGCUAAUUCAAGUAGAUUGACAUAAAACUUGGCAUGCUUAUUCCAUGGAAAAAUUCACGUUUCAUGUAGUACUAUCCUUCUUUACUUGAACUGCCAAUUUAAUUUAUAUAGAGAAACCAAAUUCACAUAAUAUAAGAUUUAAUCUAAAUGAGAUUAUUUUUCUUGUAUCAAAGACGUCAAAGCUUAGCUUUUGGUUAUUAAUGAAAUGGGGUUUAACAUCAUACUGUUCUGCUCCUGACCGGGCUAAUGAAGACUAGCAUACACCAUACAGUGUGCUAUGAGGGGAAUUUUGCCCGAACAGCAGCACUACAACCUACUCUUAUAUCGAAUUCCAUGUGCCGAUGGAUUUUUUAUGUGUUAAUUGUGCCAAGGUUCUCAUAAGAUUAAAGCCAAUUGGAGACUCUAUAAUUUUAUACAGUAGUUAAUUUAACAUUUUUAUAUAAUUAUGUUUGAUAACUUUAUAAUUAAUAAGAUUGAUUACUUUAUGAUAUAUAAGGUUUUCCAGACUAUUAAUUAUAUACUCUUUGUAACAUGAUAUUUACUCUCUGAAUGAAAUUCAUAAUAUGACUGAUGAGAAGCAUAUAAGUCUAGGAACUUGCCAAUUCAUUUCAUGUAGAUGUGCAAUAUUGUGAGUGCUACUAUAUGUUAGUGUAAAACCAACAGUUUUUCAAAACCUUAAUAAUUGUCUUGAUUAAAUCCAUUUUGUUCAGAACAAAAUUAAACCAAUCUAUGACUUAUGUAAGAUUUAGAUAAAGAGAUGGCCAUUCUUACUAUAAUAGUUCAAAAAUAGAUAAUACAAAAUGAAUAUAUUGAAAAUGUCAUUUAAAUUACUUUAUUCUGAGCCAAGUUAUUACUGUUUGUAGUUGAGAAGAUGUGUGCAUUGAUUGUUCAUUAUCGUAACCAGGGUCUGAUAUAUUCAAUACUUGGACUCACUCCUUCAUUUUUAAAUUAAAUCAUUAAAUGGCCAAAUGUUCUAAUCUAGUUAUAAUCUUGUGGAUCCGAUGGCAUCCAGAGUUAAUUAUGGUCUUGUCAUGAUAAUAAAUGUCUAAUUAAUAAUUUAUAUAACAUUUAAGGCCUAAAGAAAGACCGGCAAUAGACAAAUUUAGCUCUUGAAUAAUGUAUCUUUAAUAAUUUAAUCAAAGUUAAAAACUGACAUAGAUGACUUACAGAUUUCUGUGUUUUGUUUUUGUUUAGCUGUCCUUAGAAAACCGAAAGCCCAGAGACUAAGUUUUGAAUAGAAACACAUCAUUGUGCAUGUUGUACUGGUAACUGCUUUAAUAUUCUACAUAUCUAGAAAUUUUUAUGCAUAUUUUACGGUCUUUUAGUCUAUACUGUAGUGCUGUAUAUGUAUUUAUUUUUUACUAUAUUAUAGUAAUUGUAUUUUAUAUUUUGUAUAUGCUUGUAUUGUGUAUUAUAUCUUAUAUAAGUUACAUAUUAUAUACAUUGCAAUGAAUUGUUUUAUACACAUGAUUAUGUUUGAAGUAAGAAAUGAAGUUAAAUACUGAAAUAUUUGUAAAAUACGACGAAAGGAAUUGUAUAGAUGCAUGUCUGUCUUUCAUAAUAAUCAUUCCUUAGUAUUGAAAUUAAUGUUAUUAUUUUGACUAAAAGAUGUCUGAAGUUGCACAGAAAUUCUUGCAUUUUCUGAUAAAAUUGUUGUCUUCUAGUUAUCAGUAAUAUUACAAUAAAAGGAGUUUAUAAUACAUACCCAAACUGGUAAAUUUAUCAUUUAAAGUUUGUGAUCAGAAUUAUAUUGCAACGUUUUUCACAAUUGAAUAAAAUAUUUUCAUGAAAUAAA